GAAAUUGCGUUUAAUUUAACUAUUUUGUUUAACUCGACAUUUACAAAACGUAAUGUAUCGGAAAUUGAAGAAACGCGCCAAAGCCCUAAAUCCAAUUGAUGAGAAUGCAACGAUAAAAAUACCGCGUGUUGCGUCUGUGCAGAAAACAGAUGACACCAUCGAUGCACUAUUGGCUGGCGAAAGUGAGGAGGAGAAGAUACCAGCGUCGCAGGAGCAAACACAGCGCUUCCUCUCCCAACAUAGCAUCGCAUUGGCCGCAACGCUGGGACGAACGCAGUCCUCGUCGCGGAUUAAUUGUUCUCGCCAACCGAAUAGUUUCUUUGAAAUGGUGCUCCUCAAUGCUGGUGUCCAGCUGGAUCAGGAGAACACAUUUGUGCUCUCCUGCGAUCACAUUGCGAUUGUCGCCAAGCUGCGCGAUAUUCUCUCGCGCUCUCCCAAAUAUCCCGAGAAUAUAGAAACAUUUAAAGCGGGUCUAAAUGCUGCACUGGCGCCCAAAUCGAAGCUGGCGCAGAAAUUGUUAAGUGGCUGCACUAUUGACACUGCUGGCGCGGAGCAGAUAUAUCAAUCACAGAACAGCAUGUUUAUUAACUUUCUGAUGAUCGACUUUUUGCGCGAUCCCUGCCUAGAGGUGCUUUUCACCAAGAUCGAGGAGAUUUCCAAGUGCCAGGAGCGGGUGCAAACGAUGCCAGGCUGUGUGCCCCUGCUCCCGCUGAUGUUGGCUCAAUUGCGCUAUUUGACGCUGUCGCACAGCGAUCAGAUCUAUAAUCAUAUCGAGCGCAUCUUCAACAACGCCUCCGAGUCAUCCAAAUUGGACAUUAUAAAUAAUGCCGAGUUCUUGCUAGAUACCAGCAAGCACGAUUCAUUUGUCGAGUUGCUCACCAUCAAUUAUGCGAGCAACAAGGAUUUGUUUCAUUUGAGCACAGUGCAAAUGUUGAGCAACUUGUCGCUCAGCGCAAGCACUCAGGGAAAGUUGCGUGAUCGAAUUUUGGAAUUUAUCAAGGAUGACAGCAGCGGCUUAAACACAAUUCUGCCGCAUUUGAUUCGGCUUCUGUUAAAUAGUCUCAAUCAGGACACCGAUGAUGUUGUGCGUGAGCUGGUCUUUACACUCCGCGAAAUCUUUAAUUGGCGUCAUAGAGCGCCGAGUGCGAAUUGCAUCGAAGCUGCCGAGCCCGCCAAAGCCAAUGAUAAGAAAUCUCAAUUGGAGCUAUUUGGUUUCUUGCAACAGGGCCUAAAACGCUCCAAGCGCUUUUACCAAAUGUGGCAGCGAACUAUUAGCGGUUUGCCCGCUGGCGUCUUUAGUUCCUUUGAUUUUAUAAUGUUGCUGCUGCUAAUUCACAUCAACGAGGACAAUACCCUGUUCAUCGAGAAUCUUAUUCGGCGGAGUAUUAAACUGGAACACAUCACAGUUGAGAUAUUAGAGGACAUAAAAACGCAUUUUCCGCACAUUUUGGAGCAACAUAUUGGCACACUGAUGCACAUACUGCACGACUUUAUGCGCGAGAAGCAUCGCAUUGUGGCCGAUUUCGCAAAAACCUCUUACAGCAUUCUCUUCAAAAUCUGCAACUCGAUACAGAAGAGCAUACUCAAGAAGCUACUGGAGCUGACCUUUGACAAAUCUUCACAGCAUGUGACGUCGAUGGCGUUGAUUCUACUCCGCGAACUGCAGCGCACGAAUCCCAAACAUGUGCAGAAUUGUGCAAUGUUGCUGUUGCCACUGAUCGAUCGUCUCAGGGAUUUGACGUUGCCCCAAACGCGUCUCGCAAUGGAUUUACUGUGUCACGUUGCAUUCCCAGAACCCGAGUUGCCGGAGUGUGCAGCGCUGCAGGAUCAAAUUGAAAUGGUUGUGAAGAAGCAACAGAUCAAUCAUAACGAAUAUGUCAAGAAACAGGGCAUCAUUGGAUGUGUGCAGCUGAUCGAUGCCGUUGCUCGCAUCCAGAGUUCGCCAGUGAGUAACGAUUCGCAGACCAGCAUUGACAGCAUCACCUCAUUGCCGGAUGGACGCAGCAAGCAGGCAGCAAACCUGAUUAUGCUCACCCAGUCAGCUAUUGGCAACUCUGCCGAAUUGUUGGCCUUGUUUUACGAUGAGUUGGCAAGCGUUUUGACUGUUCGUUUUUACAAUACGGAAUCCAUUUACAUGCUGGACAAUUCUUUUCUGAUUUGGCUCUGUGAGCUGAUGACCUUUCGCUUCCAGCAGAGUUUUGUGAACGAACAUGCGCCUAAUGUGGUUAGGGGCAUCCAGCUGGAGUACCAGAAGAAUAUCAAUGAACUCGAUGAAACGAAUGUAAAUACCGAAUCAGAGGUACUCAAAAUUGGUAUUAAUAUUUCGGAAUUGGUGUUGACGCCAAAUGGCAGCGCCUGCGAUUCGGUUAUUGUGCUUGCGCCGUUUUUCCACUUGAUCAGCGUGCUGCACAAUCAGAGCUUUCAUCAUAGUCUGGAGGUGAUAAAUGCGCUGCUUGGUUGCGCCUUAGUGUUGCCCACGUUCUUUGAUGAUGCCAACUAUUUGGCCAUCUUUGACAACUAUGAGAAUGAGCUGCAGAAGCGCAUUUUACACAUUUAUUUUCAUACGGCCAACUGGAUGCGCGUUACCAUUUGUGCCUUUGCCUUGCAAAAGGAUGCAGCCACACGUUCAAGGGUGCUCAAGCGCCUUGCGGAUUUGAUAUGCAUUGAGCAAAAGUUAAAGCCACUUUUGUCACAUGCCCCAGUCGGAUUUGCCCCACCACCAUGUCAGUUCUUAAUCAAUCCCAAGCAGACCACACAACAAACUGUGCGAGAGAAGCAGCCUACUGCAAGCAGGACAAAGAUUAUUCCCAACGAAUCUCUUACAGAGGAGCAGCAAACAAAUGUGACCAUCAAAUUGGGUGCCUGCAAGUCCGUCAAAUGCAAAAUCGACUUUGAGCAUUUAUAUGGCCCGCUACAGCAUUUUAGACAGCUCGAUGUGGGCAUCUUAAUCUUGCUGAAGGAGGAAGACUUUACAUUAAAUUAUCCCUUGGCAGAGGAGGAAGUGGGCAAACAUUUGGGUUUGCUCGAGUUGCGUUUUAUAUUGACAGAUUUAGUACAUAAGCUGGAAACCGUUGUCAAUGGUCAUCAGGACGUAACCCAAGCGGACUCCUUGAGGCCGCAUGUGGCCAAACCAGAUCAUUUUAUGAGUGAUUUAAACAAAUGCCUUGGAGAGAUCAAUGCACGCUUGCUGACACUGGCAACGCACAUUGAUCAGGAACUGGAGAAAGUUAAUCAUUUGCACAGCAAUUUGGAUCUAUUCAAGGAACGCUUCAAUUAUGUAAAAGCCUGCUUUGGCCUGUGCAUCCAUUUGUUUGCUCUGUACUUCUCCUGGAACGAGUGGUACAAUAAGUCGCAGGCAGAACUACUCCAAUCAUCUCUGGUCGCUCUGUUGCCACCAGCUGGUCAGCGAAAGGUAACCAAGAGGACAUCGUCAGCACGUAUUGCCGCACAGAUCUUUGAUUACUUUCACAAUUAUGGGAAGUCGGUGCUGGUCUUAAGCACAGCUGUUCAGUUGAAGCGUCUUUUGGGCAGUUUACGCAAGUUGAGUGCCACUGGUGAGAAUGCUGCACAGCGCAUCGUGCCACAAGCCGACAAUAUGCGCAAGUUCUGUACAGAGAUGCUGAGUCGCAAGUGGUAUGACUACACGGGCAGUCUGGAGAAGGGCGCGCAGUGUAACAUUCAUCUGGACGAGCUGGUCAAGGGCUUUCUCAAGGACUCUAGUCUAGAGCGUCAAAGCGAGAUUUUAUGUCGGCUCAAGGAGGAAUGUGUGCUACUGAAAACAAAAGACAAAUCUCUACAAUCCGUGCCCAAUAUCAAAAAAGCAAAUUUCCCUCUGCUCUUCCGUGGCUUGUGUGAGAUUGUUAUAAGCACGCUAAGCGCACAGUGUAGCGGCGUCAAUGAAGGGGAUCGCUUCAAACUGUGGGAGUUGACUAUGUGUCAGUUGAACGGCCUAUUGGAAAUCGUUCAGAAUGUGGAGCAGCCGCGUAAUUUUGCAUUGUUCCUGAAGCACGCACAGCAGUACCUUAAGCUGCUGCUGCAACACGGUCUGCCAGCACUCGAGCGUAUUGUGCGUGAUAGUCCCGAUCGGCUUACUCAGUUCCUGCACGACCUAAAGAAUGUGACCAAGUUUUUGCACAAUCUGUGCUGCCAUUCAAAGUCGAUAAAGAAUACUGGCAUUAUUAGCUAUAUUCCAAGUCUGCGCGAAGUGCUCGAGACUUUGGUGUUUCGUAUGAAAGCGCUGCUGGCUGCGAAUAAAUGUCAUGCUGCUUUCCACAUCAGCAUUUUGGACAAUAAGGAUUUGCAUGGCGAUGCAAUUGUGACGCCGAGAGGAUCCCUGAUCGAUAACGAGACAAAUAGCGAUGAGGAGAUACCUGAAGAUGAUGCCAGCGUUGAUGAGACUAUUUUGGAUGAGGAUGUGGCUGGCACAAGUGUGGAUAGCUCCAUGCGACGCAGCUCCAACAGUCGCAGUAAAUCAUCUUCACGCAGCAAAUGCUUUUAAAUGUUAUUAUUAUUACCAAUAUUGUAUUAUUGACAACAUAUAUCAGUACUAUUUAAAAGUUUAUUGUGUUGUACCAAAUAAAA